UGGAGGUCGGACGCUCCGAGCGCGAGGGUCGCCGGCCGUGCCCUGAGGGACAGAGAUGAUGCAGGCUCUGGAUGACGGACACGGACAAAGACGUCAAAAAAAGAGCAAGCGUUCCAGCAGAGAAAAAGACAGCGCAGAAAAAGGUGAGCACUCAUGCCGUCUGGACGGCGAGUCCUUAGAUGCCGUGAAAUCAAUUAUAGAUAAAGGCAUCGAAAAGGUGACGAAGCUCAUGGAGGAAAAGUUUAGAAGUAUGGAGAGACGUAUUGAAAUCAUGGAAGGUGAACUGUUCUUGAAAGAUGCCGAAACAAACGUACUGAAGGACAGAGUUAGCUCUCAAGAAGCUACCAUUAAGGCUCUACAGGAGCAGCUAGAAGGCAUAGAUACCAACAGACGAAUGAACAGCCUGAUACUCAAGAGCGAGGAAUUUGGAAAAAGGGAGCGCGAUGAAGAUAUCGAAGGAAAGGUGAUAUCUGUCCUCAAUCGACGCCUCCCUGAGGUACAUGUCACCGGCAGCGACAUCCAGACCGCUCACAGACUCCAGGGUGACAGCACAGUCAUUGUAAAGUUUUUCAAGACCAAGGUUAAGGACGACAUUUACGAGAGAAGGAUGAAGCAAGCCAGAGUACAAAACCAUGGAGAUCGACCGGCGGCACCUCUCUAUAUCAAUGAGUCGUUAUCAGCUAUGAACAAGGAGAUCUUCAACGCUCUGCUCGAAGCAAAAAAGCGUAAAAAAAUCUACACCGUGUACUCAAGGAGAGGUGCGGUCUUCUGCAAGUUGGACAGCGAGUCUCGAGGUCAGAAGAUGGUCAGCAUGGACCAGGUGACGUCACUCCUCGGCGGGGCCGCCCGUCCCGACGGCCGGCGUCCGGCGGCGGCUGGCGGGGCCGAUGUCGAUCGCUCCGGUGCCGCUGCUGCUGCUGAUGUUCGUGCCGUCCGCGACGCAAACGACGACGGCGGCGGCGGAGCGCGCGGGGGCCCCCUGGACGCGCGGCUGGCGCCGGCGGCGUGGCGGUCUGGCCGAGUUGACGGCGGCUCCGGUCGGUCGGCUGCCGAGCCCGGCUCGGGCGGCGCGGCCGCGGACGGGCGACGGUGAUCUGUCGCGACGGCUCGUCUCCGGUACAGCCUGGCGCGACGUCUGUACCUGGACUAAUGCAGGUGACCACGGUUUCGUCGGCAAUUACCUGUACAGGUAACAGUACCGCGGGUUGCAGGGGAGGGGUGUGUCGGUGUGUGUAUUGCUGGGGGUACUGAUAUCUCUUGAAUUUCCUUGGAAUGCAGGCUACAUCGCGAUGAUCGUUCUGACAAGGGUCGCAGUGCUUUACAUUGUAUGAAAGUUACGGAAACGUUACAUAAAAUUAUGGCGAUGUGCUUUACAUUUUGCGUUUCUUUUUCGUAAGUGAGAUGUAACGUUAGCGUGCCUACGUUUAAAUAAUGCGUAUGCUGAUUUUUUUGUUUUUUCGCGCGAAAUAAAAACGCCAUCUGGCGGCCGGCCGGCGGUGCGGCUGCGGGCGAUCGGUGCCGGCUCGUUGGCACAGCGUGCGUACGCUGCGUCCAGUGGGAGGGGGGAUGGGAGGGUUCUGCGGGAGCAUUACGGGUCAAAACUCAAAAUAUUAUCGAAACAGUAUUACAUUGCACUCCAUCUAUAAAUUUCACAGAUGGAGCGACGAUGC